AUGGCCGCAUUGACUUAUUGCCGGGGCGCCAGACAGGGUCAAUCCAGGAUGGUGGUGCGCGGCUGCAAGGCGGUUAUGACUACCUACACGAUGGCACACGAUGGCACUCGGUGGCUUGUGGGUGAGUGGUUCCUGGCAAGAAUGCGAAUUUCUGGAAGCGAGCCGGGUGCAACACUGUCAGAUCCGCCAGCAACGUCUGGGCAGCGCUACAUGUGA